GACAGCUCCCAGUAACGAGGGCACCUCUCCACCCUUGGGGCCUGGGCCUCCUAUGCCCCCUUGCUGUCAAACUGAGAUUUCAUCCACCAUUCUCCAAGGGACGCUGAGGUUUCCCCCUAGUUCCAGCGUUGGUUACUGGCCCCUAAAGCUGAGAAGACAUCAACAAACUCAUCCCAGGAUCAGUAGCCCCACUGGCCAUAAUGCUCCUGGAAGGUUCCAUGGGAGUGGAGGACCUAGUGCUCCUGGAACCCCUGGAGGAGGAGUCUCUGCUCAAGAACCUCCAGCUGCGCCAUGAAAAGAAGGAGAUUUAUACCUACAUUGGGAAUGUGUUGAUCUCAGUGAAUCCCUACCAACAGCUGCCCAUCUAUGGCCCAGAGUUCAUUGACAAAUACAGGGACUACACCUUCUAUGAGCUGAAGCCCCAUAUCUAUGCGCUGGCAAAUGUGGCAUACCUGUCGCUGAGGGACCAAGACCGAGACCAGUGCAUCCUCAUCACAGGCGAGAGCGGAGCCGGGAAGACGGAGGCUAGUAAGCUGGUGAUGUCUUACGUGGCGGCCGUCUGUGGGAAAAGCGAGCAGGUGAACUCUGUGAAGGAGCAGCUGCUUCAGUCCAACCCAGUGCUGGAGGCUUUUGGCAACGCCAAGACCAUUCACAACAACAACUCUUCUCGAUUCGGGAAAUACAUGGAUAUUGAAUUUGACUUCAAGGGAUCCCCCCUCGGUGGCGUCAUCACCAACUAUCUGCUGGAGAAAUCCCGCGUGGUGAAGCAGCUUGAAGGAGAAAGGAACUUCCACAUCUUCUAUCAGAUACUGGCUGGAGCAGAUGCACAGCUGCUGAAGGCCCUGAAGCUUGAGCGGGACACAAGUGGCUACACCUACCUGAACCCAGAAGCAGCCAGGGUGGAUGGCAUGGAUGAUGCCUCCAACUUCAAGGACCUCCAGAGUGCGAUGACUGUGAUUGGGUUCUCCAAGGAGGAGAUUCAGCAGGUGCUAGAGGUGGCGGCCCUGGUGUUGAAGCUGGGGAAUGUGGAACUGGCGGACGAGUUCCAGGCCAAUGGGAUACCAGCAAGUGGCAUCCGUGAUGGGAGAGGUGUUCAGGAGAUUGGGGAAAUGGUGGGUUUGAAUUCAGGGGAACUAGAGAGAGCUUUGUGCUCAAGGACCAUGGAAACGGCCAAAGAAAAGGUGAUCACUGCACUGAAUGUCACCCAGGCCCAGUAUGCUCGGGAUGCUCUGGCUAAGAACAUCUACAGCCGCCUCUUCAACUGGAUAGUGAAUCGAAUCAAUGAGAGUAUCAAGGUGGACACUGGGGAGAAGAAGAAGGUCAUGGGGGUCCUGGACAUCUAUGGCUUUGAAAUAUUAGAGGAUAAUAGCUUCGAGCAAUUUGUGAUCAACUACUGCAAUGAGAAGCUACAGCAGGUGUUCAUAGAGAUGACACUGAAAGAGGAGCAAGAGGAGUAUAAGCGAGAAGGCAUACCGUGGACGAAGGUGGACUACUUUGAUAAUAGCAUUAUCUGUAACCUCAUUGAGCAUAAUCAGCGAGGCAUCCUGGCCAUGCUGGACGAGGAGUGCCUGCGUCCUGGGGUGGUCAGUGACUCCACCUUCCUAGCGAAGCUGAACCAGCUCUUCUCCAAGCAUAGUCACUAUGAGAGCAAAGUCACCCAGAAUGCCCAGCGCCAGUAUGACCACAGCAUGGGCCUCAGCUGCUUCCGCAUCAGUCACUAUGCGGGCAAGGUGACCUACAGUGUGAACAGCUUCAUCGACAAGAAUAAUGACCUACUCUUCCGGGACUUGUCCCAGGCCAUGUGGAAGGCCCGGCACUCCCUCCUUCGGUCCUUAUUUCCUGAGGGUGAUCCCAAGCAGGCAUCUCUCAAACGCCCCCCAACUGCGGGGACCCAGUUCAAGAAUUCUGUGGGCAUUCUAAUGAAGAACCUGUAUUCUAAGAACCCCAACUAUAUCAGGUGUAUAAAGCCCAAUGAGCAUCAGCAGAGAGGUCAGUUCUCCUCGGAGCUGGUGGCAGUCCAGGUUCGGUACCUGGGGCUGCUGGAGAAUGUGCGGGUGCGACGGGCGGGCUAUGCCUACCGCCAGGUCUAUGGGUCCUUCCUGGAAAGGUACCGGUUGCUGAGUCGGAGCACUUGGCCUCACUGGAAUGGUGGAGACCGGGAGGGGGUUGAGAAGUUCCUGGGGGAGCUGAGCCUGUCCUCAGAGGAGCUGGCCUUUGGGAAGACAAAGAUCUUCAUCAGGAGCCCCAAGACUCUUUUCUACUUGGAAGAGCAGAGGCGCCUCAGACUCCAUCAGCUGGCCACACUCAUACAGAAGAUGUACCGAGGCUGGCGCUGCCGCACCCACUACCAGCUGAUGCGCAAGAGUCAGAUUCUCAUUUCCUCUUGGUUUCGGGGCAAUAUGCAAAAGAAACGCUAUGGGAAGAUGAAGGCGUCAGCAUUGUUGAUCCAGGCUUUUGUGAGAGGAUGGAAGGCCCGCAAGAAUUAUCGAAAGUACUUCCGGUCAGGGGCUGCCCUCACCUUGUCAAAUUUCAUCUAUAAGAGCAUGGCUCGGAAAUUCCUCCUGGGGCUGAAGAACAACUUGCCAUCUACCAAUGUCUUGGACAAAAAGUGGCCAGCUGCCCCUUACAAGUACUUCAACAUGGCUAACCACGAGCUCCAGAAGCUCUUCCACCAAUGGAAGUGCAAGAAAUUCCGAGAUCAGCUGUCUCCAAAGCAGGUAGAGGUCUUGAGAGAGAAGCUCUGUGCCAGCGAGCUGUUCAAAGGCAAGAAGGCUUCAUACCCCCAGAGUGUCCCUGUUCCAUUCCGUGGUGACUACAUCGGGCUGCAAAGAAACCCCAAGCUGCAGAAGCUGAAGGGUGGGGAGGAGGGGCCUGUUCUGGUGGCAGAGACCGUGAUGAAGGUCAAUCGUGGCAACGGCAAGACUUCCUCUCGAAUUCUCCUCCUGACCAAGGGGCAUGUGAUUAUCGCGGACACCAAGAAUUCCCAGGCCAAGACUGUCAUUGGGCUGGACAGUGUGGCCGGGGUGUCAGUCACCAGCUUCAAGGAUGGGCUGUUUAGCUUGCAUCUGAGCGAGGUAUCAUCAGUGGGCUCCAAGGGGGACUUCCUACUGGUCAGCGAGCAUGUGGUUGAAUUGCUGACCAAAAUGUACCGGGCUGUGCUGGAUGCCACGCAGAGGCAGCUUCCGAUCACCAUGACUGAGGAGUUCUCAGUGAAGUUCAAGGAGGGCAGUGUGGCUGUCAAGGUCAUCCAGGGCUCUCAGGGUGGUGGGAAAAGCAAGCUGAGCUGCAAGAAGAAGGGGAGUCGUUGCCUGGAGGUGACUGUACAGUGAGGAGGCACAGCAGUUUCUUCCUCCCGGAGCUGCACCAGCCCCACCCACCUUUUGCGGGAGGCUCUGGUGUGUGAACCCCCUGAUGGGGAGUGGAGCUCAGAGAUUGAAGAUCCCUUGAAGAGGGCGUGCUUCUCCCAAACCUUUCCGGUCCUCUUUCCAGACUUAGCUUCCUCCUACCCUCAGCCUUCGCCCACUAAUAAAACAAGAGACUUUGCAAAGA